GUAUUUCUUUUUAUGCACAUUUUCUUUAUUGCCCUUUCUUGCUCAACUUAUAUAAACCUCACUCAUGUGUGUCAGUUUAUUACACACCCCAUUGUUGAUUUCUUGUUCCUCCAUUAAUUGUUGAGAUUCAUAUAAAUAUAGUUCUUGAGCUACAGAAUAAAGGGUUGAAAAGGGUUUCUUAUUUCUUGCGAUUCAUUUUGUAAUGGGUGAAAAAAAGGCUUAUUUAGCAGUGCUUUUAGUACAGUCAAUUUAUGCUGGUAUGUUCUUGAUCUCCAAGGCUGCUUUCAAUGGUGGUAUGAACAAUUUUGUCUUCGUUUUCUAUAGACAAGCUGCUGCAACUAUUUUCUUGGCCCCUCUCGCCCUGUUCUUGGAACGGAAAAAAGCUCCUCCUAUGUCAUUCGUUACCUUCUGCAAGCUUUUCAUGCUCUCUUUAUGUGGGGUUACUUUAAGUUUGGACAUCUAUGGAUUGGCUCUGGUGUACACAUCUGCAACUUUGGCUGCUGCAACUACCAACUGCCUUCCUGUCAUUACUUUCUUCUUGGCCCUUCUUCUCAGGAUGGAAGUGUUGAAGCUGAGGACAUCAUCAGGGAUAGCAAAGCUUAUAGGAAUAGUAGCAUGCAUGGGUGGGGCAGCAACGCUGGCAUUUUUCAAGGGUCCCCAUUUCAGACAAGUGUGCCACCAUCACCUUUUUGGAACCCAUGACAGCCAAGGAUUUCAAGGUCACGUUUCUUCUGGGAAAACCUGGGUAAAGGGUUGCUUUCUCAUGCUCAUGUCUAACACCUGUUGGGGCUUGUGGCUUGUGUUGCAGGUAAAAGUUUUGAAAAGCUACCCAUCAAAGCUUCUCUUUACUACUCUGCAGUGCUUUCUGAGCUCAGUUCAGUCAUUCGUCAUUGCCAUUGCUUUAGUAAGAGAUCCUCAUGAAUGGAUGCUUGGUUGGAACGUCAAACUUCUGGCCGUGCUUUACUGUGGAAUUAUGGUCACAGGCGUUACAUUCUACAUACAAGCGUGGAUUAUAGAGGAGAAAGGACCAGUAUUCUUGGCCAUGUCCACGCCAUUAAAUCUGAUUUUUACAGUGUUCUGUUCUGCGAUUCUCCUAUGCGAGAUCAUUAGUUUAGGAAGUCUUUUGGGCGGGCUCUUGCUGGUCGCAGGUCUCUACAGUGUUCUAUGGGGAAAAAGCAAAGAAGAGAAAAUUUGCAUGACAACCCAAGUUGACAAAGAAUGCUCAGAGUUGAAACAAGUCAUCCCUGUAGAUACUAAGGAACAAUUACCUGUGUAACACACAUAUGAAUAUAUAUAUAUUCUGGCUAAUCAUGAGAGAAAAUUAUCUCUUGUGCUAGGAAAAAAGAAAAUCACUGUGCAGCAGCAAAACUGCACAAACCGAAUAUAUUGCAGCUUUACAUAACUUUCUAACCCCACUUAAAUUUAUCAUGUUUAAUGGAAGUUAGAAGGGAAAGAAGAAAUCUUGCGACGAA